UAAAUUUCAUACUCUCAACUUCAUAUAUUUUCGAAAUGUUUCUUGCGUGUUUUCCCAUUUCUACCCCUGUAUAUAUCAACUGCUGUUAAAAUUUAAUUUUAACUGCAGUUGAUAUAUAUAGGACACCAGUACGUGCGGUAAAAUGAAACUAACCGAGAGGUGGUUAAAAGCUGUUCGAAGUAACAAGUGAAGGCCUUUGCAUCAAACUUGGUAAUGUGGUUAUUCUAGUUUUUAAAUAAUAAAUGAUGGCGCACAAACAUUUUAUUUGAUUGGUUUUUGAUGUUUAAUACGUUUUCCAAGUUAAGACAUCUUGAUACUGAAUUUAUGCAGGAACAAUUUUCAUAAUACUGUCCCAUCGACCAAUUAUCAGAAUGUCCCACUUGCACGUAAGCUCUUUAACUUUGUUUAGAAUGAAGGAAAGAUUUAGCAGGCUAUAAAUAUAUGGGGUAGAAAUGGGAAAGCACGCAAGAAACAUUUCGACUUAUUCUACAAAUAAUAAACUUUCAUUCAAAAUAUUUGAAGUAGGAGUUUCCUUAGCCUUUUCUUUCCUUUUCAUCCAAACCUUCAGCAUCCUUCAUUGGUUGUAUUAUUGUUUAGCUUUGGUCUAUGCAUUUUUACAGAAUUAAUAGUUUUGUCCGGAUAUUUUAAUGUGCAAUAUUUUUGUUAAAUUCAAAAAUGUAAGCCAACAUUCACACGCGAAAUUUGAGUUUCAAAGAUUAUAAAAUUUUAAGCCCUAUUUUGAGAAAGUAAUUGAUUGACAAAACGUCUUCAAAGUUUAUUUUCUUCAUCACUUAACUGCCUUAAUAUCUGUUCAAAAUAAAAUGACCAAACUUGUCUAUUCUCUUUCGAAUGUUUCUUUUUCUUUUGUAGUACAUUUUAUAUUAUCCAUCAUUUAUCAAGCCUUUAACAUAAAAAAAACGAGCGUACAGGGAAAUGCAACUAAAUUCAAGUUUAUUUAUGUAAGAAAAGAAGAAAUUCUACUAUUACAUGGAAACUCAAAAAAGACAUUUGAUCAGUUUUACAUGCGAUUAUGUCGAAUUUACUAAUAAGCGUUUCUGGUUUGUGAUGCAAUUUAUGAAUUAAUAACUGUAAUUGUACAUAUUAAUUGCUGAUGCAAUUAAAUUGAAUGUUUGAGGAAACAUUACGGUAACUUGUUUUAAAGAAUGACAUCAGCGCAAAUCCUACUAAGAUGUUUAUACGUUAUGAAUGAUGUGACACCGCUGUUGUUGUUGCUUCUGCUUUUUUUCCCUAUUAACUUGUGUCUUUCUGGGAGAAUAAUAGCGGAAAAUAAUGCAGUUGAAUCCAUCACAAGUCGCAAUAUUGAUUUGAAAUGGUAUAUCGAGUUUGGCGCUAACGAGACACUUGUAACGUUAGAUGUUUAUACGUCUGCGCUUAUCUCCCCAUUGAUCAGUGCAAAAAGCCCAAAUGAUACAAAGUUGAUAUUAAAUUCCAAAAGGGAUGCUUGUUUAAGCAGUGCAUCGUAUAAGCUUAUCAAUAAGACCUCAGCUCAUUUGUCUAUUCAUUUUGAUUGCUGUAUUGGAAAUUUUUUCACAUACACUUGCGAGGUGGAAUUUUCUAGCGGACAUUUUGAUGAAAGUUUGAUUGGUUUUCAGUGCUUAGAUGUUCCAGACUUUAAGGAUUAUAGACCACUUGUUAUAGGUCUAUCAGUUGGAACUCUCUUGUUCUUCAUUCUUGCGAUCAGUUGUGCAUUUUAUGUUCGACAAAGAAAAAAAGCAACUUUGGAACACUUGCAGCGAGUUACGUACGAAGUUGAGAACAGGCGACGAAAUUCAGCUUUGUAAAGAAGUACUUGAGGUGUCAAGUGUAGAAAAAUUAACAAACUAAAUCAGUGCAGGCAAAAAAGGUUUCUCUUGAAGUUAAAGUUCCUUACUUUCAUCAUGCAAUGCAUUUUUAUAAAUUUAUUAGAAAGCUUGUGGUAGGAUAUGUUAGUAAUGAUUUUACGUUUUUGCAGAAUGGUCUUCGGAGGAUCCUCCAAAAAUGGUCAUAGAAUGAUAAAUAGACCAUUUAUUUUGUGAUUAAAAACAAUUUAUUGUUAUAUGUUAAAAUUAAGACUGUAAAUAUAAAGUGUACAAUAAAUAAAUUUUUCUAUUAGUAAUAAAAUUUUAGUUUUUCUUUCGGAUCUAAAAGUUUUGAGGUCAGUGUUUUUUAAGAAAAUUGUUGCAAUGCAGGGAGAAUAUUGUUCAGAAUAAUAGUAAAAAUAAAAAAAAAAUAAUGAACACAAACCUUUAGAAUAGGAAUGAAUACUACUUUUUAACAAUAGAAAUAUCAAGAAUUUUUGUUGUUUUUUUCCAACGUAAACGGAGAAGGCGUUUUUACGACAGAAAAUUUCACUGCACUUUCAAAUUGUCUGUUUUUCGCAUGAUCGCGUACUUUCGUGAUUUGGUUUUCACGUGAACCUUAUACUACUAGUCGCUAGUCCUCAGACAACCCCACGAGGCAUCAAUAUAUGUGCGUCCUUUCUCCGCCUGUUAACACGAAGUAAUCAAGUUUACCUGGAUGGAGGUUAUUAAUAAGAAUAUAGGGUGCCAGUGUAAUGGCAUUUUCGACGACAAAACACCCAGUUCGCAGAUUUCUCGUUGCCUGUUUUAGCAGGGUAAAACAGGUUCUAAAAACAUAGAUUCUAAAAAAUAGGUUUUUAAAAAUAAAACAGUUUUUACUUUUAAAUUUUACAAAAACUUUUUCACAAAAUAGAAUUGCUGAGUGUUUGUUUUAGCUUCACACUGUGUUUUUAUUUAAACUGAAGUUAGGAUAUAGUUUUUAUGUCUAUACAGAUAUGCGACAUGGUAUACCUGUAUUAAGCGCUCAGCUCAAUGUUAAAACGGAUUGUUUCACGUGUUUCUAUUUAACCAAAGUUUCAAUAAUUUUCUUCUUAAAAAGGGGCAUUAUACCUAUAUGGAUGCGCGACAUUGUUUACCUGUAAUAAGCGCCUAGUCGGAGGAACAUUUAUUUCUGAACUUUAACCGGGAACAUAAAAAAACUUGCCAGUUGUUUUUGCUAUACCGGGGUAACAACAGGUUGUAAACUGUGUUUUCAUUUCGGGUAAAUGUGCAGGAAAGUUAUAUUUUGCGAAAUAGAACAUACCAUAAUGCUGUGCGCUUCACUCAAUUUACGACAUACGAAUUAGAUAUGCAUAUAUAGAUUGAGGAUUGGCUAAUGUAAUUCUUGGUGAAGGUUAAAUCUGCUGUAACGAUCUAUCAAGAUUCGUUUCAUUGUACGUUUUCUUUUAAAUUUUUCAUGUGUUUCGCAUAAUAUUGUUUUUUCAACUAUGAAAUAAGAUGUCGUGGAUUGAGGCAAAUCUCCAACCUUAAAAGUAACGCUUCAAAUAAACACCACUAUUUUUACAACAAAGAUAACCCAAUGGAAGUGAUAUGAUGAGCUAUUUUCAAAUAGCAUAACGGAAUAUGAAGUACGCUCACAAGCACUUCAAUCAACUGCGUAAAAAAAUAUAGUUAACCAGGGUCGGAUCCAGGAUUUUUACGUAACUAAGCAAAAAAAAAUUUGGAGGGGAAUUACCGCCCAGAAUGGGCGUUAAAAUACGCCAAAUGGGCGGACCUAAUAGAAACAAAAUUUAUCACUUGUUCAGGCGUUAAAAAGUACACUUUGUAACAAUAUACAUAAAAAAUAUACAGCUAAAAUAUAUAAAACAUGUAAACUAUGUAUAAGUAAACCAAUAAACGCAAUCAGUAUAAAUCAAUCACCAAGUAUAUAUAUUUAAAAAAGCCUUUAUCUCUUAUUCUUUUUAGCAAACACUUCAUCAGAGUGAUUGACCUGUUAAACAUGAUAACUCCUAGGCUGCUUAACCUUUCCUCCGACAUCGUGUUUCGCAUCUGAGUCCUUACGCGCUGAACGAUACUCCUCUUACAAGUGCAUGAGGUUACAGGAAUUGUAGCCAAAAUUCUCAGAACUUCAUGAAUUGAUGGAAAUGUGUACAUAUUUGUAGUUUUAAGUAAAGAGGUAAUAUCUGUUGGUAGAGCACCUUUUCCAAAAUAUCCCCCACAUAUUCAACUGGGCAUAUGUUACUAUGGGCUGGAAUAUCACUCACAAACAAUCGCAGGAAUUUUUUAAACUUAACCUUCUAGUUAAAUCAAAAUAAUUUCACAGAAAUACCAGCAACACCUCUCCUGGGCUCAACAAUUGUGUUGAAUAAAUUGCCCAUUUGUUUAUAUCAUAAGCUUUGAUAGGUGGUGAUUGGAUCCUACAAAAUUAAAAAAUAUAUAGAAUGACACAAAUUUUAAAGGUACUGCCUGCAUCACAUAUAGUUUACUCCUGUCAGGAAUCGAACCUGAACCUUUUACGAAAUUGUAUCAUAAAUAUCAUACCAUUUGAUCACAGGAGUUUAGACAUUAAAUAAAUAAAAAAAUCAAAUGUGCAUAUUCCAUGAAAAACUCAUCAUACCUCAAUAACAUCACAAAUUGAUAAAACGCACGUUUAUGAUGACCAAAUGAAGGAUUUUGAAACAUGUUUUGCUUUCUCAAUUAUGGCCUGUUCUCUUGACUUCGUCUUUGUGUACACGUCACAACCAACAUCCGAUAAACAUUGCACAAAAAUAUUGUUAGGAGAUUGUUGGAGCAUUGGAUGUUCAGCGUAAUAUGUUGCAUUUUGAUAGAUUUCCAAAGAGGUCAAAAUUCUCAAAAUUGAAGCUAGCGUUUCAUCACCAACCAGCAACACAGAAAUAGAUCUGUAAAGACAGUUACCAUAUCCACUGACACUGAUGGGCAUAACAAGAAAUUAUGUAUAACGUAUGCCCAGUCAUCUUGGCGAAGAACACCACAAUGACUUGGUUUGAAAAUUGAUGGAAUUUCCUUCCUUCAUACAACUCUUGUUUCCAUUCAUCAUGCUGGCUCAAUAUUUUAUUGAAAUCCAC